AUGCGUGAAGUCAUCUCAGUACACGUCGGCCAGGCUGGUGUCCAGAUCGGUAACGCCUGCUGGGAACUCUACACCGUCGAACAUGGGCUGAGCCCUGACGGCCGCCUCAUGGAAGGUUCUCCAUCAACGAACGAUGACGGCUUCAGCACGUUUUUCUCGGAGACCUCUUCUGGGAAACACGUUCCUCGCUCGCUUUACGUUGACCUUGAACCCAAUGUUAUCGAUGAAGUGAGGAACGGCACGUACAGGAGUCUCUUCCACCCCGAGACUCUUGUCACUGGCAAGGAGGAUGCUGCCAGCAACUAUGCCCGUGGUCACUACACGAUUGGAAAGGAGCAGAUCGAUCUUGUAAUGGACAAAGUCCGUCGAUUGGCGGACAACUGUUCUGGGUUGCAAGGUUUCUUCAUCUUCCACUCUUUCGGUGGCGGAACUGGUUCCGGCCUUGGUGCUUUGAUCUUGGAACGUCUUUCUACCGACUACGGCAAGAAGUCCAAGCUGGAAUUCAGCGUGUAUCCUGCUCCCACCAACGCCAACUCCAUUGUGGAGCCAUACAACUCUGUCUUGACCACGCAUACCACGCUUGAGCACUCUGACUGCUCUUUCAUGGUUGACAAUGAAGCCAUUUACGACAUCUGCAAAAAGAACCUCAAUAUCACGUCUCCUUCUUUCACGAACCUCAACAGAUUAAUCGCUCAAGUGGUUUCUUCGAUAACGGCUUCGCUGCGUUUCGAUGGCUCCUUGAACGUUGAUCUUAACGAAUUCCAGACCAACUUGGUUCCCUUCCCACGUAUUCACUUCCCUCUCGCCACCUUUGCCCCAAUUCUCUCCGCUGAGAAGGCCCACCACGAACAGAACUCUGUCGCUGACAUGACGUAUUCUUGUUUCGAGACCGGCAACCAAAUGGUUAAGUGUGACCCGAGAGAAGGCAAAUACAUGGCUUGUGCUCUUCUCUACCGUGGUGACGUUGUUCCCAAGGACGUCAACACUGCCGUCGCCGUCAUCAAGACCAAGCGUACCAUUCAAUUUGUUGAUUGGUGUCCUACUGGUUUCAAGAUCGGUAUCUGCAAUGAACCUCCCGCGAACGUUCCUGGCGGUGACCUUGCCAAGGUCUCUCGCUCCAUGUGCAUGUUGUCGAACACGACUGCUAUUGCUAGCGCAUGGAGUCGCCUCGAUCACAAAUUCGAUCUGCUGUACUCCAAGCGUGCCUUUGUUCACUGGUACGUUGGUGAGGGCAUGGAGGAAGGUGAAUUUGCUGAAGCUCGUGAGGAUCUUGCUGCUUUGGAGAAGGACUACGAAGAAGUUGGAAUUGAUUCGGCUGAUGUUGAGGAGUCGGGAGAAUAUUAG